UGCUGUACAUAUUUAAGUUAAUGUAUCCACUAAUCUGGUUUGCCAGUAUCUGCUGUGCAUCUAUAUAUGACAGCGAGCCAAUAUUCAUCAUCAAAUGGUUCAACUCAAGAGAUUCGUUUUUGGACAGUUAUUUUUUUGAAGAAGAAAUUAAUCAGCUCCCCAAGCAUCUGAAGGAAGUUCUUUCCGAAGAUUCGGUAGAUGACAACCCUGAAUCAAAAGCAAAUGUCUUGAAGUUUUUCAACAGUUUCGAAAUGAAAGCAAAAAAUGAUGGGAACUACAAAUGUUAUUUACCAAAUGAUGGAACAAUGGACCAAUCAGAAAAUACAGAAUAUGAAGGUCCGGGUCCAAUAGAACUUAUCGAGGAGAUAUUUCUAUCUGAAGCCUGUUCCUAUCUAAUCAGCGCUUAUUGGAUAUAUCAAUUGUGUCAUGGCAAAACUUUUCGUCAGUACCACGAAGAGAAACCUAGUCAGGUCCAGGAGUAUUUCUUGGGAGCUUUGGAAGGUUUGUGGCAAGGCCAGCAAUAUACGGAUGAGCAUUAUGGAAAAAGAUGGCCUGAAAGUUUGCUGAAAACUCUUCAGUUGGAGGACUCAACGCAUCAUUACGUUGAGGUUUUGAUGUCAGAUGGAACCCCCUGUGACAUCAAGAACAAUGAACCAAGGAGCGUUAAUGUCCGCUAUGUUUGCCUACCUGGAGCGAGACUGGAGCUGAUAGAUAUCCGUGAGGUCGCAUCUUGUACGUACGAGGCAACAGUCACUGCCCCAUCAUUGUGUAGACACCCCGACUUUGCCCCAAUAGGCCGCGAGGAGACCAGGUUGUACUGCGUAGCCGAAGACAAGAACAAACUUGUGAAACU